AUCAGCUGUGUCCAAUCACAACUGAUCACAUGUAAACAGGGAAAUGCCAGUUAUUGGCAUUUCUCUCCCCACGAGCUGUCACGCUGAAAGCACAUGAGGAGAGGAGAGCCAGUAAUUGGCAUCCCUCAGAGGGGACAUCAGUGCCACCUGUCAGUGUCCAUCAGUGCCCAUCUGAGCUGCCUUUCAGUGCUGCCUAUCAGUGCCAUAUAUGAGUGCUAGCUUUCAGUGCCCAUCAGUGAUGCCUGUCAAUGCCCAUCAGUGCCACCU